AUGUCAAACGGUACAGAUGGACAAGCACCAAAGCGCCAAAAGCUUGAAGAUGGUUCUUCAAUGCCUAUCACUAGUCCAGACAACCCACAUUACUCGCCACCAUCGAAAGUUGUUCACGUUCGCGGCGUUGCCGAGGGAGCUGGAGAUUUUGACAUCGUGCAAUCCCUGAAAGAAUUUGGUCGGAUCAGGUGAGAAACUUAACUUCCGCUACCUUGUGGUCUUGUUGGCUUUGAUGCACAGUUUUUUUUCUUAACAUAUAGUGGUUAGAUCGUAGCUUCGCCAAAGUAUAUUUAAUUAUUUAUAGCCUGUAGGGAACUGAUGGAAAAUACGCAAAAAUUAAUAUUGAACACGUGCACAGCAUAUUAAAUUUGUGUUCUAGAACUUCGGCCUGUUUACAUAGUGAUAGGGAAAUUCUAGCAGCAGGGUUACCCUAGUAAACAGGUUUCCAUAGUUUGUUUUGUUGGCAGUGGUUAUUUGUUGGUCACCAGUGCCCAAAAUAUUUAAUAUCAAUGUUUAUACCAUGCCCUGGAAAGUCUACCUUCUCUGCAGGGUGCAGGCCUUUCUAAAUAGUGGGGGAGAUGAAAGACCUGCCAACUGUAGGUGUAUGGGGGGGGGGGGAAUUAAGGAGCAGAAAUAAAUGUGCCUGACUUUUUUGCAUUUUCCCGAAAUUCCGAAAUUGUUGUCGACAGGGUGGGUGGGUUUGGAAAAUGUUUUGCUUUUUGGAAACCUUAUAUAUUGCUUGCAUUUGUAAAUAUUAUAUUAAAAAUUUCUUGCAUUUACAGGGUAGAAUAUUUACAUAGUAGAAAAUAGAAAUAGGGUUCAUUGGGGCACAUUGGAGGUUAGCUAGUUAGCCUUUCUCAUGAAGGCCAAAUUGUGCUCUUUGGGGUACUUUUUUGAUGUGAAAAAUCUAAGCAAUGUGAAAACAUUUUUCAAAUAUUUAAAUUAACUGUAAAAGGCAGUACCUCCCAAAAAACCUGUGGUUCCGGUUUCAUAUCGCAAAAAAAUGUGGGUCGGUAGGUCAAAAUAAAUGUUUUUUGAAUAUUUUUUUCAUGUUUUUUUCAAUAAUUAGUGUGACAACAGAUGCCAUUUUGGCAGUAGCCCGCAACCACCCUGAGAAAAUAGGGUCGCACGGUCAAUCGUGUUGUAAAAAUAAUAGGGUCGGCAGAAAAAAAUAGGGUCGGUCGGGAACCGGAACCACAGGUAUUUUUUUUACGCCUUAUAUCAAAUGAUUUUUAGUUGCAUAAAAUUGAUUCCAAAAAAGAAGCAAGCAUUGGUUGAAUUUGAUGAUAUAGAGAGUGCCACAAGUUUGGUUGAAAGAUCUCAGGUGUGUGGUAAAUUAUUGAUAAAUUGCAACUUUUACACCCGUAUUGGGGUCUACAAAUUAUUAAUUCUGAUUUGAAAAUCAAUUUUUAUAUAGACAAGUAAGGUGAGCAUUUGUGGAAGGUUUGCAUUCUUCAACUUUUCCAAGAGCCAGGCAAUUACCAGGUAAUUAACUACACCAGGGGCCGGUUGUAUAAAAAAGUGAUUAAAGUUAACUAUAGUUAGUGGAAACGUCAUCCAAUAAGAAGCGUGUAUUUGAGAGUUAAUCACUAUUUAACUACAAAAUAGUGAUUAAAAAGUAAUUAAGAGUUUUAUACAACCGGCCCCAGGAGGUUAUGUUUUCAUUGGCGUUUACAUGUGUGUGUGUGUUUUUUUUAUUUAUUUAAAAAUUUGCCCUAUUUACAUAAUUAAGAUAGAAUAUACAGUAUAACGACUGUUGAAUACUAGAGCUAGGAGUCUUUAAGAAACUUUAAGAAGCUUUUAGUGCAAGGCCCCUAUUACAGCAAAUAUUAAAUUCAAACGAUAGCUAUAUGUCAGUUAAUAUAUAGUACAUAAAAUUUUAAAGAAAGUUGUGAUAUAGUUUUACAAUAAUAUAGAUAUACAACAAAUAUGAAGUUAGGAGUUCAUGAUGAGUGUGUGUCGAUCUGACCAUCUGUUUGUCUGUCGGUCAGCCAGUUGGUCAGCAUCACAGCAUAAUAACUUAAAAAUAUCAAAUGUGUUAAUUAAUACAAAAAUUUGUGGGUCUAAUGGACAUUGCCCAAGGACAAAUAGAUUAAAUUUUUGGAUUUCUGGUUUUUGGAAUGGCAAAAUUAUUGCCCAUAGAAUUUACAAUGAAUGUAAAAACUUGUAUGUUAAUUAUUGUAUGUAACUUGCAGGUAUGGAAAUGAACCAAAUUAUGAUGAGAUGACAAAUUCUGCAGGCAAGAGGAUUUUACUUUUGACAAUACUCAAUGCUCAAUAUGGAGUUACUACAGUAAGUAUGCUACUAUUCACUAAUAUUGUGCUACAAGGGUUUUUCUCUGGGUCUUGUGGUCGGGUUAAGAAGCAAUAAUGAAAAUAAUAUCAAAUCACACUUGUUUGUUUUAGAGUAACUUACAUGAAGUAUUUCAAGGAUAUGGUUUUAUUCAAAGAAUUGUAAUAUUUAAUAAACAUGGGCAGUUGCAAGCCAUGGUUGAGUAUCCUUUUGAAAUUAUUCAGUUGAGAAUUAAAAUUUGGGUUUCAAGUAAUUUUUAUUUACCUUGAGUUUUGCACUGUGAUUCCUGAAUAAAAUGCCAAUGCCAACUUCUUAUGACCAGCUUCAACUUAUUUCUUCCAAGAGUUUUGAGUUUAUCUAUUGAAAUUAUUUGGAGUCCCGGACGGUAUAGAUUUAUUUGAGAAACCAAAAAACACAUUUGAUGAGUGUGUGUUGGCAUGAAAUAUAUAAUAGUAUUAAAAAGAAGUAAAAAAAGGGAAAAGGAACAGCAAAAAAAACGGGAAUAACUGGUAGAAAGAGAAUAUAAGGGAUUCAGAAACUUUAGUAUUUGUAUUCUUAACUACUAACAAAGAUUUGACAACCCAAUGUCAGCUCAACAAGCAAAAGAUGCUCUAGAUGGCUGGGAUCUUUAUGAAGGAUUUAACACUUUGAAAAUUGAAUUUGCAAAUGUAAGUUUAUAGAAACUUCCUUUUACAUGUACUUUGUGCUAUGAAUUAUUUUUUCACCUGGAAAUGUUGGACAAAAUUUCUGUAGUUAUUGGUUCUGUUUGGUACUAUUUUUGUAAUAGUAAUAUUACCUUUAUUAACUAAAAUAAAUAAUGGGUACAGUAUUACCCAUGUGAACAAACUUUCGUUGGUUGCAACUACCUGAAAAAUAUAAUGAGAAUUUCAACGUUUCAAGCGAAAGCCCAUUGUCUGGAGUUACUGGUGCCCUUCUUUAUUAUUUUAAUUAAUGUUAUAAAGUAAGGCACCAGUACCAUGCACCCUAUUUUAUGUGAUUUUACUCGUUGAGGGAGAGCGCUGGCGCUCAAUGGGUUAAAGUUUAUUCAUUCAAAAUUGUUUUGUCUUUAGGUGCCGAAAUUGAGUGUUUUCAAGAAUGAUCAUGAAACUUGGGACUACACUCGACCACCAAUGGGUAUGUUGAAAUGUGUAACCAUUAAGUUUUACACCUAUAUAUUUGUGUUAACACAAUAUUAUAACAUUCUGUAGGAUGUGAAUAUGAUUUGGUAUAACUCUAUAUAGUAAUAGACACUUUCUGAAUUUGCUUGACUAGCUUCAAUGGGAGGCUGAAAAAUGAAGGUACUUGUACUUAUAGUGAGGUGAUUGCCUGUAUUGAUGUCCUACAUUUACCUUUGAGCAAAUUCAGGAAGUAUCUAUAGUAAUAUGUUUUCAAUCUUUACAUAUAGCUUGUUUAGUUCUUUGUUGUUUUAAAGUGUUGGCUUCCCGACACUCAUUUAAUGUUUGUCUGUUGUUGCAAAGUCCAAGUGUUGUAAGUGGACUUGUAGUGUGACCUCAGCUGGAAGAUUUUGUGCUGGAGUAUGGAAACAGUGUAUUUGAAAGGUAUUUGUAAGUUAUCCAUAGCAAAUGUUCCCAGCUGCAAGAACAAGACAUGGCUUAUCCUCAAACACGCAGAGUUGAAGUAAAACAUUGAGGUGCAUUUCAAGAAUCAUGGCCUAAUCAAGAAUUAUUUGUACAGCACAUCGCAAGAACUGUUAAUUAAACAAGAAUGAACUAUGUAAAAACAGCCACUCUAUGCCAUGUCAUAUUAUAGAGAACUUGUGCACAACAGUAUCACACGUUGAAAUAGACUUUCUUUUAAUCUAUGUUCCAAAAAUAUUCCUCUGAUUGCAGUUGACUAACGUAUCAACCCAACAUCAAGAAAACUGAUUUUAAAAACACUGCACUUCAUUUAGUCUAUUUGCAAAAGAAAAAAUGUAUAGUCAUUGAUCAGAUAUGAUUAUGUAUUGAUGAGAUAAAGUUUGAUCAUACUGUAGCACGCGUUUGUGCACUGAGACCGUUACAAGCAAAGAAAGGACUGGAUAUAUUUGUAGAAUCAUGAAUAAUGCACCUGUUGUUAAGUGCAAGAAUAUAUCGAGCACGAUUCUGAAAAGUACAGUGCAGUAGUUCAUAAUUAUUGUUUUUUAGUAGAAGCAGAAGCAGAAGAGUAGCACACAUUUAACAAGAUAUGAAUCGCAAUGGAAGAAAUCGUUUACAGCUUCCAAUACCUAAAUGAACACCACUGCAGCAAAAUACAUUAGUACAGCUUAUCACACUUGUUUUGAAAGAAUUGCAUAUGAAGUUGGAAAUAAUGUGUGUGAUUACCUUAAAACCAACACACUACUGCAGCUUCAAGAAAUACUGAAAAUGUCACUGGAAACAACACAUGCGACGAAUUACAUAAUUAUGCAAGCGUUUCACUUCUUAUGUUCAAUACAGAUGUACACCCACAUCACAAUUGGUAAUUUUUAUCAAUAAUAAAAAUCGCCUACAUGACUAUGUAAACAGUAUUGCAAACAGCAUUAGAAACAUGCCGUGUUUUAUGAUGUUCACUGGAACACCGCAGCAUCAUAUAAUGGUUUAUUUUAUCAAGUAUGAGGAUCGCAUUAAAGACCAUGAAAGCACCACACACUUUGCACUGAAAUAGAAAAAUGCAAAUACCCACAUCCAAAUGGCAAACAUCUUCUCAAGAACCUCACAGAUGCAUUAUAUUUGAGAAACAGAAUCUCAGGAGGAACAUUACAAUUUCCACAUAUCCAAUGGCAAGAACUACCCUUGAUCACCUGAGGAACCGUCAAUGUAAAGCUGCAAUAUACCUGCAAUACAAACGCAUGUUUUGCAAUACCAGAAGAAAUUAUCAAAAUAUCAUUACAUACAACUUCUCACACGUCAAUAUCCGAUAUUCCAAUGUCAAAAACGGUUUUCAAAAUGAGGAAUUAUCGCACAAGAAACACAUGUUAUCUCUUUGUUACACAUUUGUAGCUUUUGAGUAACAACAUCUAUGAAGGACCAUCAAAGUAUCAUCACAACAGCUCCACACUCACAAGAGCAGUGCUUGAACGACACCAUUGCAAGAAUCUUACAAUCCCAUAUAACAUUGCUGAGUCGCCGUCGUGGCUGCAAAAUAUUGUAAAUUUUACAUUGUCGAGUAUCUUCCACAUAAAAGAACUGCAAAAUUCCAUUUACUACUAGUUUUAGUCUAUUGUUGCCUUGCACAAAAAUGAUAAUCCUUCCUGUAAAUUUCUUUAUUGAAACAUUAAACUAGCCUUUUGCAUUGUUUCCUUUCAUCUUACGUUCCUUCUACCACGAUUAACUAAACAAGAUUUUCAAAUAUUUUCAGAUCCAAUGCGAGGCCCACCUGGUCGUGGCCGUGGCCUGCUUAACCGUCCUGCAUACAACCCCCCUGGCUCAUACCCAGGCCCUCGAGGUCCGGCGAUGAAUCCAGGACCCGGUCCAGGUUUUGGUCCAAGACCAGAUUUCAUGCAUGGACCACGUGGUCCAAUGGGAUCGGGGCCACCCGGACCUAGUGUUCUUAUGGCGUACGGCUUUGAUCCUGAUAAGUUAUCUUGUGAAGGAAUCUUUAAUCUCUUGUGUCCUUUUGGUAACGUCAUGAAGGUGAGAUUGUAUUGAUUGUAUAUGAAUGCUUCCAACAGAUCAUUUUCUGGCAAAGUUUUCUUAACUUAACUUUCCUAGUUUCCAUGAACAUGCGUUGAUUGUAUUCAACACACUAAUAAAAUAACCAAAACCCCAAAAUCUGUUUAUCUUGUGUAGGUUAAGUUGAUGUCAAGUAAACCAGGUUGCGCUAUGGUGGAAAUGGGUGACAAUUUGUCAUGUAACACAAUCAUCCAAAAUUUAACUGGUUGUAACGUGCAUGGGAACGAACUGAAAUUCAGGUAACAUACAUGGCAUAGCCUGCGUAGCGGUGCAAUGUAUAGGUUGCAUUAUCCAAAUAUGCGAUCGUUUGGGUAAACCCUCUUAGGGCUUAAAAGUUUCACAUACUGAAAUAUGAAAUAUCCAUAGAGAAUAGUAACGUUUCUAGGAAAGACUGGAGCUUCGUCAGAGAGUUGAACAAAAAACAACGUACAAAAUGUUUUUGUCUUGCAGCUUCUCGAAACAGACUAGCUUGACAUGUCCUCCCAACUAUAACCCAAGUGUUGAGACAUCUUUCAAAGAUUUUUAUGAUUCAAAACUGCACAGGUAUUAUUAUUAUUUAAACUUAUUUAACCACGGUGGUCUGUUUUUCAAAAGGCCGUGUUUACAAAAAUAUCGUGUCCAUAUUAAACAUUAUUUUGGUCAGUUUUAUUGUAGGUACUAGAAUAUAUAUUUAACUUUAUUUAUACUGGACAGACGUGCCAGUUCUCAACUCUUCAUAUGCCCAUAUAAUGUAAUAACAUAUUUUAUCAUUCCAUUCUUUUGUACACAGAUUCACAACAUCUGAAGCAAUUAGCAAAAACAGUAUCCUUUUGUCCCUUUGGAUAUCAAAAAGUAUUUUUUUCAAUUUAAAAACGAUGGAUCGUCUUCAAUUUUCAUUGUUGUACUACAGUAGAAACUGCAACCUCGUUUCAGGGUCUUCCCUCUUGUUGCAGAAACUUCUGGUAAUACUAUUAUUAAUAAUUUACAAACACAACUACAAAUUCAAUAGAUAUACUACCUUAUUAGUAUUCUUUACAUAAAGAAUACUAAUGAGGACACGACAAAAAUAGGUGCUGCCUUAUUAGUAUACUUUAUAUAAGGAAUACUAAUUAGGAGUGUUUUAUCAGGUUUAAAGCCACUGCACGUCACAUAUUAUGGUUGACAUGAUUUGCCAAUAAGCUUAUGAAUUAUUGUUUGAAUAAUUAUUUAAUCAGUUGUAAUUAGUUAAUUAGAACUUGUUUGUAGUAGUAAUUCCUUGACUCAGCAACAGGAGUUUUUACCCCAACCAGAGUUCUUCAUUUCUACAAUGCUCCCCCAGACAGCACUGAAGAAUCACUUAGCGAGGUGAGAAUGUGAAUCAAAAUGGUUAUAAUGGCUUUUCUUUGUUCCAAAAACUGUUACUUGGUCAAGUUGUUUCUAAGAUAUUUGGAAUACUUUUAAAUAAGACCGUUUUUCCUUCUUGUAGCUUUUCACAGAAAAAGAUGUGACGUCACCGUCAAAAAUUAAAAUUUUCCCAAAUGGUAAAGAAUCAUAAACAUAUCUGAAAAUGAUUGUUUAAAUAAUGUACGCUUUUCUGUUUUUUAAAUUGAGCCAUGUUCGAUAUUUUUCACUUAGCUACAAAGAGUGCAACUGGGUUAAUGGAAUGGGCUGAUGUAAGCACUGCACUUGCAUCAUUGAUGAUGAUGAAUCAUGCUGUUGUACGAAAUGAAGGUAUGCAGUCUUGUUUGGUAGAAUCAUUGAAAUGAAUAUAACGCUACCUUCAGAUAAACUGCCUAUCUUUAUGACAUUGACUGAUUGAGCGCUCUUCGUAUGCAUGAAAAGACUGAGACUGGCCUUCGAGUUUCAAAUUUGCGGUUGGACCUGGACGUAGCGUUCCAGUUCUAUUCAGUUCAGUUCAACCACUGAGCUCUAUAUAUAUAUGGAGCAAGAACUGCAGUCAUUCGGCCAGUUAGCACAAUUUUCCAUCCACCAAACUGCCCUAUCGAUUUUCUAAAGUCGUUUUUUUAAUUUUUUUAUUAAUUCGGUUAGGGUUAGGGUUGCAGUUAGGAGUUAGAAUAAGGGUAGGGUUUGGGUUAAUUACAUAGCCAUUUAACACCUCUUCCAUCUUCUGAAAAUGACGUCAGGUCAGUUUGCUGGAUGGAAAAUAAUGCUAACCAUGAGAAAAGUGAAGAUGGCGAAAAUUGGCGACCAAAAUCUAUAAUAAUGGUCGUAAAGAGUAUUGAUACCAUUUUCCCCAGCUAAUUUUUUAUCUGACGGACCGUAUCGCUAAUCAAGUUUUUAGUUCAUAAAACAAUAAUAUUAUUCGACACACUUGCUGCAGCUUCAUGCUAACCGCGCGAACAAAAACAGUAGAAAGGGGACCUGACGUCCAAUGAGCUCCAUUUUGGCGCCACUUUUUAGACUCCAGUUCUCACGGCAUGAACGAAACAUGCCCUACAAGAUUUUCAAAUAUUUCUUUUUUCGUUGCAGAGGCCCGAACAAUCUUCACCAUCAAGUUGGCAUUCUCUUCCGCAAAUGAAAUCACUUCAUAA